AAUACUAGUGAUAUCACUACUCAGGGUAAAACUUUUCUCUCAAUGUUAAUUUGUAAUCUUGCUGACGUGGUGAUGAUGCCUGUCUUUAUGACAGCUGAGGUUCUGGCUGAUGAGCGUUUCUCUUUCUCCAGUAGCUUUUAGGGUUUCUGAAGUCUUUGCUCUAAUUUUGACUUGCACUAGAAUGGGGUUGUAUGAUCUUUUAAAAGUCAUACUAUGUUAACAUGUGAUGCUUUUAAUAUAUUUUUCUCAGCCAUAUUUGGAGCUAGAUUCUAUUGUAUAGUUGUAAAUAUACAUCAUGUGCAUUACCGAGUAAUCAUUGCCAUUUGAUGUUUUCAUAAAUUAUUUGUCUAGCAUUUGAGAAUGACAAAGAAGUCACCUACAUUGAGUCAUCUGUGAAGUCAUCACUUGAUGGAUCCAGAAGUCCAAGGAGAGGCGAGGGAAGAGCGUGAUGAGCAGCGAGUGGUCGGAGAGAUCAUGGCCAGAUGGUUUAUUCCUGCUGUGGUGACCACUGUUUCCUGGGAAGGCUUUCAUUUCGUGGGGCAUGAGAUUCGGAUCACAGAAGCCACGGAUUGUUACGGUGCUGUUGUUUGGCCAUCGGCUCUUGUUUUGUGCUAUUUCCUGGAAAAGAAUGCAAGGCAGUAUAAUAUGGUUGACAAGAAUGUGAUUGAAAUUGGAGCUGGAACAGGACUGGUUUCCAUCGUGGCAAGUUUACUUGGGGCUCGUGUGACCGCCACAGACUUGCCUGAAUUACUCGGGAACCUGCACUAUAAUAUUUCUCGAAACACCAAAAUGAAAUGCAAGCAUCUGCCUCAGGUGAAAGAACUCUCCUGGGGUGUAGCUUUGCACGAGAACUUUCCCCGGUCUUCUAAUCAUUUUGACUAUGUUCUGGCUGCCGACGUUGUCUACGCUCACCCUUUCCUGGAGGAACUCCUGGUGACCUUUGACCAUCUGUGCAGAGAGACCACCAUUGUCCUCUGGGCCAUGAAGUUCAGGUUGGAGAGAGAAAACAAAUUUGUUGAUAAAUUUAAGGAGCUGUUUGAUUUGGAGGAGAUUUCCAGUUUCCCUAGUCUGAAUAUUAAAUUGUACAAAGCUAUGAAGAAAAAUCGAAGGAGUGCUUAAUAUCCUCAAAGACAUGGGAACACGAGGGCAGUUUCUAAUAGACUGGUAUUUGAACGAAAACUGACUAAUCUGAUGGACCCUUGACUUUCCUAACAGUAAAUACUUACAUAUCCAAACACACACACUCUACCCGCUAUGCCAAUAUACUAUUGCUUCUUAAAUUUGACUUACCCUAGACAAAGAUUUCCCCAUAUAGAAUAGGUGUGCCUGCUGGAUUGUGGGACGUGCUCAGUAUCUCUCUCCAUUGGCACUCAGGGCUGCUGGCGGGAACGGGAGCUUGCUGUAAGUCCCACAACAUGGCCAUUGCUCUCCUCACCCUCCUGUAGCACUGUGUGUUAUUACUUGAAAUAAAUACUUUUAGUUUAU